CUGACGGUCCUCUCCUCUCUCCUUCUUUAGGAUGACGUUUCCCAGAGGCCCCAGUAAGGCACGUCCUGUCCAUUCCCCUGUGUAGUGGUCCCCUCUGGCAGAGGACUGCUUUCGACCUGCAGACACUUUCACUGCUCAAUGGCAUACACAGACACUGGGUGAGAUAGGAGUACAGACGGUAGCCAAAAGGAGAAAAUAUCCCUUUCUUACAGCACGCUCCUUCUCCCCCACAGUCCUCCCGUCUCCCAGGCCCUUCUAUCCCUCUCAGAGAGCCCCUCCCUGUGGCCAUGCCCAUCCUGCUCAAUGCCGACGUCUCCUUCAGCUCCAAGCAGGAGCUCCUGGACCUCCAGGACGGACCUAUGGGCCCCUGCCUAGAGACACCCAGCCCACUGGACUCUCAGGAGGAUAGCCCAGUGGGUUCAGGCCCUGGCAGCCCCGCAGGAAACGGCCCCGCUAGCCGCAUCAUCCUCACCGGGGCUGCUACGCCACUGCCUGGACAGCUUUACAUGGGCGAGGUACCUGCGGAGACCCCGCUGGGCCUCACAUUCAUCCCCACAGACUCAGAAGGGCUGUGUGGCUGGGGGGCCCUGACGCCCCGAGUCAUCCAGACUUUCAACACCCCUCGCUGGGUACUGUUCUUCCUGUGUGUGGCCUCCUUCCUCCAGGGCAUGAUUAUCAACGGCUUCAUCAACACCGUGGUGACCUCAAUAGAGAGACGCUUUGACCUGCGCAGCUACCAGACGGGGCUCAUCGCCAGCUCCUACGACAUCGCUGCCUGUGUGUGCCUGGCCUUUGUCAGUUACUUUGGUGGGACGGGGCACAAGCCUCGCUGGCUGGGCAGUGGGGUGCUGGUUAUGGCGCUGGGAUCUCUGGUGUUCGCCCUGCCCCACUUCACCACUCCCCCGUACCAGGUAAGCAUGCCCGAGCGGACAGGGGUGUGCACGGGGAACCAUACCAGCCCGUGCCAUGAGAGGGAGGGCGGGAGCCUGUCCAGCUACCGCUUUGUCUUCAUGCUGGGCCAGUUCCUGCAUGGGGUGGGAGCAACGCCCCUCUACACUCUGGGGGUCACCUACCUGGACGAGAACGUCAAGUCCAGCUACGCUCCAGUGUACAUCGGUGAGUCACUAAGCACAACACUCUUUGACCGUUGUUCUGAUCUUUUUCUGAUACGUUUUUGUAUUUCCUACACUGUUCAUAUUUAUUCAUGUGGUGCAUAUCUUUGUCAUCCACUAGAGAAAAGUUUCCAUUGUUUUUAAUAAUGUUACAAUGUUUCCUUUAAACGUAAGUGUACCGUGUCAAAGGAAAUGUGUUCUGCAGAUCAUGGCUUACUUGAUUUGCAGAUGGUGUAGACUAUCGUCCAAAUACUCUUCUUCUUCCUGUGCUGGCUUUGUUUUUGGCGGCUGACUGAUACCCUGUGUGAAUUAUAACGAGGUGGUUUCUUCUGCAUUAGGCGUGUGUGGGUGGUCCGAGACCACAGAGUGACACAGCAGCAGUAACCAGAAUGCUGUGAGACUCGUCAGACGAGGGGGGAAUGACAGGAAACAGGAUGUGGGGAUGUGAGCAUAGUCUGAUUCACUGGUGUGAUGGUCAUUAGGCUUACCCAUGAGAUGUCACUUGGCCGAGAAUGACUCACGAAAGACACGUGUUAGAUGUGAAAUCAUACGUGUAGUGAGGAUUGUAUCUAAUGGCUCAGAAUGGCAGGAUUGAACUCUAAAACAAUGACAGACUGUUACACCCCUGUUGAUUGAGCUUGGAUGUUGAUUACAAUUGUUCAACUUGGAUGUGGGUAACAUUAUGUCAUUUUGUCUCCAACUGAAUUUCAGCAGACAAGCCACAGAAACCCCCGCUACAUCUGUUCCCUAUUGACCUGCCAUCAAGGAGGAUCAAUGUCACAUCCAGAAUCAGGCCUACAAUUUUGACCCUCUCAGGCUCCCUUAUACCUCCCAUCUUUCCAUUCAGCAGUUUCACCACAAACAUCAAUAAUAUGCCCUUGAAUUGUGCCUCUCACCUGCUAUUCUCAUUUCUAUGGCAACAGAGGCAAUAGAAGACAAUCGCCACUUCACUGACUCCAGUGAGAACUCAGUGAAUGGACUCAGUCUGUCUCUGUGUUAUCAAUCAAAAUAAACAACACAGAUGAAAACCAAACCAUCAAAAAUGAGGUCUUUUAACCAAGUUGAGGAAGGAACAAUGAGGUCUUUUAACCAAGUUGAGGAAGGAACAAUGAGGUCUUUUAACCAAGUUGAGGAAGGAACAAUGAGGUCUUUUACAUUUUUUUUGUCAUUUAGCAGAUGCUCUUAUCCAGAGCGACUUAGUGAGUGCAUAUAUUAUUUUAUUUUUUUCAUACUGGCCCCCUAUGGGAAACGAACCCACAACCCUGGCGUUGCAAACGCCAUGCUCUACCAACUGAGCUACAUCCCUGCCAGCCAUUCCCUCCCCUACCCUGGGCCAAUUGUGCGCCGCCCCAUGGGUCUCCCGGUCGCGGCCGGCUACGACAGAGCCUGGAUUCGAACCAGGACCUCUAGUGGCACAGCUAGACCACUGCGCCACUCGGGAAAGCACCGUUUAGACAGGAACAAUGAGGUCUUUUAACCCGUUUGAGGGGAAGUAAGUAGUCCCUAACUGACGCAGCUCUCCUCUGGUCUCUGUCUGUCUGUCUCCUCAGGGAUCUUCUAUACAGCAGCCAUCGUGGGUCCAGCAGCAGGGUACCUCCUAGGAGGAUACUUCCUCAACAUCUACACAGAGGUCCACAUGACGUGAGUACCUCCGUCUGUCCAUAGAGGUCCACAUGACGUGAGUACCUCCGUCUGUCCAUAGAGGUCCACAUGACGUGAGUACCUCCGUCUGUCCAUAGAGGUCCACAUGACGUGAGUACCUCCGUCUGUCCAUAGAGGUCCACAUGACGUGAGUACCUCCAUCUAUCUGUCUGUCUCCACCUACCAUACACCUGGACUCAGCUCAGAGGAACAGCUCCUUAAUCUGUCAGUACUUACCGUAUCUGAAUCAGCUGGACCCGGAGACUGUAUAAAAAUGGUUUCACCUUAAAAGGAGAAAUGCCUUCCUACAGAUAUACAAUAGUACCCUCUAGAGGCCAUUCUACAGAUAUUGAAUAGUACCCUCUAGUGGUCAUUUGCAGUGUAACAUUUACUUAAUUAUUGGAAAUCUCACACUCUUUGUCCUCUUCUUCAUGUCUUCUUCUGUGCCUCCUCCCUGUGUGUAGGACAGAGCUGACUCCAGAGAACCCUCUGUGGGUAGGGGCCUGGUGGAUUGGCUUCCUGGCAGGAGGAGCCGCAGCACUGGUCAUCGCCCUGCCCAUCCUGGGCUACCCACGCCAACUACCAGGUUACUGACCAACUUACUGUCACUUCACCAGCACCACAAAACAGAACACUUCCCAAUCAGAUCAGCAACUAACGCAGUCUUUGACAUCAACAUAUAUAUAUCUGGAUUUCGCCCUUCUCUCUCCAGGCUCUCAGAAGUAUGUGGCCAUGCGUGUGUCUGAGGCCCAUCAGCUGAAAGAUGGCAGUCAGGCCAGUGCAGCAGACCCUCAGUUUGGGAAGUCAGUGAAAGACAUGCCUAGGUACAGUAGGUGACUCUAUGAUACAAGAGGAACCAUGCCUUCCACUCUACUUCUCUACCAAUUAACUCUCACACCAUGAGACGGAGAUCAGCUAUUCACAUUUUAAAGGCAAUGUUUCCGCAUUCACAGUAAAUGCGACAUAUGUCGGCUCAAUGUCAAUCGCGCUAUAGCACGGAUCUUCCGCGGUCCGGAUUGAAUCUAGGCCUUAAAUAAGAUAGUGUUGUUAUCCUUCCAUGCAUAGUCGCUGUGUUUAUUAUGGCUCCAUUUAGACUGGUUCUCCAUGGCAAUGGGGGAUUACUGAGAGGAAACAGGACACAGAUUACAUAGUGUUAUAUAACAUGGUAGUAAAGUAUCUCAGAGUAGGAGGGCUGAUCUAGGAUCUCUGUCCAAAUAAACUUACACUCUUAGAAAAAAGGUUAAAAAAGGGUUCUGCUGCUGUCCUCAUAGGAGAACGCUUUUUAGUUCCAGGUAGAACCCUUUUUGGUUCCAAGUAUAACUCUGUUGGGUUCCAUGUAGAGCCCUCUGUUGAAAGGGUUCUACAUGGAACCCAAAAGGGUUCUACCUGGAACCAAAAGUGGUUCUUCAAAGGGUUCUCCUAUGGGGACAGCCGAAUAACCCUUUUUGGUUCUAGAUACCACCAAGAGUGUGUUCAUAUACAGUAUAUCUAAAAGGCUAAAUGGGCCCAGGUCUUAGUGUUAGAGAUUAUGGAUGAGCCUUACUUUAAUUAAGAACAGAAUAUCUUACUAAAGAAAUAACCCUGUUCACUCUCUCUCUCUCUCUCUCUCUCUCUCUCUCUCUCUCUCUCUCUCUCUCUCUCUCUCUCUCUGUCACUCUCUCUCUGUCACUCUCUCUCUGUCACUCUCUCUCUCCAUCUCUCUCUCUCUCUCCAGGUCAGUGUUGCUUCUGCUGAAAAACCCUCCCUUCCUCUUCCUGUGUCUGGCGGGGGCCACAGAGGCCACCCUCAUCGCUGGCAUGUCCACCUUCGGCCCCAAGUUCCUAGAGUCUCAGUUCAGCCUGAGUGCAUCUGAGGCAGCCAUCUGGUUUGGUGAGAGAGCAUCAGAACACCAACACAACCAGGCUCUAAUAGCCUACAGUUUCCUUGGCAUCUUUGUAUUCAUUAUUGUGAUAGGCUCAUGUUUAACUGGUACGGCAUACCAUCACUAUUUAUUUUGCUGGUACUCCGUACCGCUGGUACUCCGUACCGGACCUUACCGGCUUACUUUCACCCCUGCAUGCACCGGCAAAAUAAAUAGUUGCUGUAUGCCGUACCUGUUGAACUUGAGCCUAUCACAAUAAUUCACACAAAGAUGCCAAGGAAACUGUAGGCUAUUUACACUACUAUUUAUCAUUAGCGCAUGUCAGUCGCAUAUCUUUUUUUCAAAUUGACUUGAAAACUUGUGGAAUACGCUCCAUACAUCUGGUGUGGUUCAACGAUAAAAGUUACAUUUUGUGAAGGCAGAGAUGAGUGGCCAAGACGCGCACAACAGCUGUGGGCGCAUCAAUUCAGGUUUCAAGUGUAGGCCUAAUCAUUAGACUUUUUGGUGUUUUGUAACAGAUGUCUCUUUCCAUUCAUCAAAUGGUGGAUGCACAGUGCACUGUACGAAUGCAGAAAUGACUUUAGAGGAGAUGUACAUGCGCAGGUAUCCCGUCUUACAGGAGCCUAUUGAAGUGAUUGUUUGACAAUCAGAUGAAAACAUCAUGACUGGUUGUGUUUAUGCCACAUUAAAAGGUAAUAUAUUUUAAAAGUAAAAUGACAAAUCUUUACUGUUAGGCCCACAGGGAUCCUGCUAAAUUAACAGGGAUGUAAUUCUAUUCAUAAAGAAAAAAACAAUUGGUCACCUACCAGGAAUAUAUUACAUCUAGUUUCACCCCUGAGUGCAUGUGACAUAUAAGAAACCCUACCUCUCAUGGGGUGUUUUCACGUAUGACAUUCUCUGAUUCGGUUUCCCGAAGCAUUUGUGAGAAUUCUACAGAAUUAUUUGUACUUUCGCAAGACCUGAAAAUAUCCACUUCAAGAUGUGAGAUGCACAUUCUACAUGACGUUAGCGAGCUAGCUUGUUUACAAUGGGGGGGGGAAGUUCCAUGCGACUCACGCUGCCACGUCACAAUACCUGGUACUCUGGAUCUUGGACCCGUAUUCGUUUCAGCCAGGGUUUGUUUGCGUUUCAGCCAUCCUGUAUAGCGUGGAUCAGGGUACUUAAUGCUUCAGGAUCUGGAUCAUACAGGGGAUAUGUGAAAGCACCCUUAGUCACAGUACUACUAUUUAGCUAGUUAUGCCUCCAUCCUCAUCCAUCCUCAUCCCUCACAUACACAUGGUAUUAACCUUCCCUCUCCUCCCACCAGGCUACAUGGUAUUAACCUUCCCUCUCCUCCCACCAGGCUACAUGGUACUAACCUUCCCUCUCCUCCCACCAGGCUACAUGGUAUUAACCUUCCCUGUCCUCCCACCAGGCUACAUGGUACUAACCCUCCCUCUCCCCCCACCAGGCUACAUGGUAUUAACCUUCCCUCUCCUCCCACCAGGCUACAUGGUACUAACCUUCCCUCUCCUCCCACCAGGCUACAUGAUAUUAACCCUCCCUCUCCUCCCACCAGGCUACAUGAUAUUAACCCUCCCUCUCCUCCCACCAGGCUACAUGGUAUUAACCCUCCCUCUCCCCCCACCAGGCUACAUGGUAUUAACCUUCCCUCUCCUCCCACCAGGCUACAUGGUAUUAACCUUACCUCUCCUCCCACCAGGCUACAUGGUACUAACCUUCCCUCUCCCCCCACCAGGCUACAUGGUACUAACCUUCCCUCUCCUCCCACCAGGCUACAUGGUACUAACCUUCCCUCUCCUCCCACCAGGCUACAUGGUGGUGCCUGCGGGCGGAGGGGGCACUUUCCUGGGCGGCUACAUCGUGAAGAAGCUGAACCUACGUUGCCGUGGCAUCAUUAGGUUCUGCAUGGUGUGUGCGCUCAUCAGUCUACUGGCCAUAUUCAUCUUCCUCAUCCACUGUCCCAACAUCCCCAUGGCCGGGGUGACUUCCCCCUACCGCAGCAACCUGCCACCGGGCCAUCAGUACAACAAGGAGUACAAUGAACAGUACUAUGAGCAAGCCAACAACCUCCGCAACAGGUAAGCCCAGACCAGGCCCGGUGGAGAGACCAUCUGUGUCAAUUAGAAGGAAUAUUUGACAUUAUUUCGUCAUACCUAUUAUUUUGAGUACAAAGGAGUGGAAUGUUAGCUGAACAGACUGGUAGGGCUGUGACGGUCAUGGAAUUUUGCAUGGCGGUAAUUGGCAAGCCAAAUGGCCACGGUCUCCAUAAUAACCGUUCGAAUAGCAAAAAAAUAAUUAAAAUAAAAUAAUUAUAACUAUAUACAGUACCAGUCAAAAGUUUGGACACACCUACUCAUUCAAGGGUUUUUCUUUAUUUUUACUAUUUUCUACAUAGUAGAAUAAUCAAAACAAUGAAAUAACACAUAUGGAAUCAUGUAGUAACCAAACAAGUGUUAAACAAAUCAAAAUAUAUUUUAUAUUUGAGAUUCUUCAAAUAGCCACCCUUUACGUUGAUGACAGCUUUGCACACUCUUGGCAUUCUCUCAACCAGCUUCACCUGCAAUGCUUUUCCAACAGUCUUGAAGGAGUUCCCACAUAUGCUGAGCACUUGUUGGCUGCUUUUCCUUCACUCUGCCGUCCGACUCAUCCCAAACCAUCUCAAUUGGGUUGAGGUCAGGGGAUUGUGGAGGCCAGGUCAUCAUGUUGCAGCACUCCAUCACUCUCCUUCUUGAUAAAAUAGCCCUUACACAACCUGGAGGUGUGUUGGGUCAUUGUCCUGUUGAAAAACAAGUGAUAGUCCCACUAAGCCCAAACCAGAUGGGAUGGCGUUUCGCUGCAGAAUGCUGUGGUAGCCAUGCUGGUUAAGUGUGCCUUGAAUUCUAAAUAAAUCACAGACAGUGUCACCAGCAAAGCACCCCCACACCAUAACACCUCCUCCUCCAUGCUUUACGGUGGGAACUACAAAUGCGGAGAUAAUCCGUUCACCCACACUGCGUCUCACAAAGACACGGCGGUUGGAACCAAAAAUCUCAAAUUUGGACUCCAGACCAAAGGACACAUUUCCACUGGUCUAAUGUCCAUUGCUACUGUUUCUUGGCCGAAGCAGGUCUCUUCUUCUUAUUGAUGUCCUUUAGUAGUAGUUUAUUUGCAGCAAUUUGACCAUGAAGGCCUGAUUCACACAGUCCCCUCUGAACAGUUGAUGUUGAGAUUUGUGUGUGACUUGAACUCUGUGAAGCAUUUAUUUGGGCUGCUAUUUCUAAGGCUGGUAACUCUAAUGAACUUAUCCUCUGCAGCAAAGGUAACUCUGGGUCUUCCAUUCCUGUGGUGGUCCUCAUGAGAGACAGUUUCAUCAUAGCACUUGAUGGUAUUUGCGACUGCACUUGAAGAAACUUUCAAAGUUCUUGAAAUGUUCUGUAUUGACUGACCUUCAUGUCUUAAAGUAAUGAUGGACUGUCGUUUCUCUUUGCUUAUUUGAGCUGUUCUUGACACAAUAUGGACUUGGUCUUUUACCAAAUAGGGCUAUCUUCUGUAUACCCCCCCUUGUCACAACACAACUGAUUGGCUCAGAUACAUUAAGAAGGAUAGACAUUCCACACAUUAACAUUUAAGGAACGCACACCUGUUCAUUGAAUGCAUUCCAGGUGACUACCUUGUGAAGCUGGUUGAGAGAAUGCCAAGAGUGUGCAAAGCUGUCAUCAAGGCAAAGGGUGGCUACUUUGAAGAAUCUAAAAUAAAAAGUUUGUUGUUGUUUAACACUUUUUUGGUUACUACCUGAUUCUAUAUGCGUUAUUUCAUCGUUUUGAUGUCUUCACUAUUGUUCUACAAUGUAGAAAAUAGUAAAAGUAAAGAAAAACCCUUGAGUGAGUUGGUGUGUCCAAACUUUUAACUGGUACUAUAUCUAUAUACAGUGGGGAAAAAAGUAUUUAGUCAGCCACCAAUUGUGCAAGUUCUCCCACUUAAAAAGAUGAGAGAGGCCUGUAAUUUUCAUCAUAGGUACACGUCAACUAUGACAGACAAAUUGAGAUUUGUUUUUCUCCAGAAAAUCACAUUGUAGGAUUUUUUAUGAAUUUAUUUGCAAAUUGUGGUGGAAAAUAAGUAUUUGGUCACCUACAAACAAGCAAGAUUUCUGGCUCUCACAGACCUGUAACUUCUUCUUUAAGAGGCUCCUCUGUCCUCCACUCGUUACCUGUAUUAAUGGCACCUGUUUGAACUUGUUAUCAGUAUAAAAGACACCUGUCCACAACCUCAAACAGUCACACUCCAAACUCCACUAUGGCCAAGACCAAAGAGCUGUCAAAGGACACCAGAAACAAAAUUGUAGACCUGCACCAGGCUGGGAAGACUGAAUCUGCAAUAGCUAAGCAGCUUGGUUUGAAGAAAUCAACUGUGGGAGCAAUUAUUAGGAAAUGGAAGACAUACAAGACCACUGAUAAUCUCCCUCGAUCUGGGGCUCCACGCAAGAUCUCACAAGAACGGUGAGCAAAAAUCCCAGAACCACACGGGGGAACCUAGUGAAUGACCUGCAGAGAGCUGGGACCAAAGUAACAAAGCCUACCAUCAGUAACACACUACGCCGCCAGGGACUCAAAUCCUGCAGUGCCAGACGUGUCCCCCUGCUUAAGCCAGUACAUGUCCAGGCCCGUCUGAAGUUUGCUAGAGUGCAUUUGGAUGAUCCAGAAGAGGAUUGGGAGAAUGUCAUGUGGUCAGAUGAAACCAAAAUAUAACUUUUUGGUAAAAACUAAACUCGUCGUGUUUGGAGGACAAAGAAUGCUUUCAUCCAAAGAACACCAUACCUACUGUGAAGCAUGGGGGUGGAAACAUCAUGCUUUGGGGCUGUUUUUCUGCAAAGGGACCAGGACGACUGAUCCGUGUAAAGGAAAGAAUGAAUGGGGCCAUGUAUCGUGAGAUUUUGAGUGAAAACCUCCUUCCAUCAACAAGGGCAUUGAAGAUGAAAUGUGGCUGGGUCUUUCAGCAUGACAAUGAUCCCAAACACACUGCCCGGGCAACGAAGGAGUGGCUUCGUAAGAAGCAUUUCAAGGUCCUGGAGUGGCCUAGCCAGUCUCCAGAUCUCAACCCCAUAGAAAAUCUUUGGAGGGAGUUGAAAGUCUGUGUUGCCCAGCGACAGCCCCAAAACAUCACUGCUCUAGAGGAGAUCUGCAUGGAGGAAUGGGCCAAAAUACCAGCAACAGUGUGUGAAAACCUUGUGAAGACUUACAGAAAACGUUUGACCUGUGUCAUUGCCAACAAAGGGUAUAUAACAAAGUAUUGAGAAACUUUUGUUAUUGACCAAAUACUUAUUUUCCACCAUAAUUUGCAAAUAAAUUAAUAAAAAAUCCUACAAUGUUAUUUUCUGGAUUUUUUUUCCUCAUUUUGUCUGUCAUAGUUGACGUGUACCUAUGAUGAAAAUUACAGGCCUCUCUCAUCUUUUUAAGUGGGAGAACUUGCACAAUUGGUGGCUGAAUAAAUACUUUUUUCCCCCGCUGUAUAUAGUUAUUAUUGUACGCACAUUUUCUCCUUUCCUCCACUCCUGACCGCAUCUGCUGCCAUAGAAAUGGAAUGAAUAGAACGGGCGUCCCCAUUCAAGUCAAUGAUGUGGCUAGAUGGGAGUACAGCUACAACCAGAAUUUACUUUUCGUAGCAGGUUAGGAGAGCAUUUUAGCUAACCCUAACCCUUUUCCUAACCUUAACCUAACUAAGUCUUCUAACCUGCCAUCUUAAUUAUCCUAACCUGCUACGUAAAAGUAACUUCCGGUCAUAGCUGUACUCCCUGUAGUCAGAAUCUCAAUGUGUGUCCGUAUCUCCCCCUGAGUGUACCCAUAGGAGCACAGCUAGAAGUAAAAGCCAGGUUGAAGAUGGAAAGGUUUAAGGCAACGUAAUAAUUCCAUACGGAAGCGUUCGAAAAUAAACAGAUUCAUGGGACCAGCACCGUUGCUGGAUUGUACAGGAUUAGCAGUGAAAACGUGACCAGCGGUCAGGAAAUCCACGAAUAAAGUGUCUGUAAAUAAUUGUUUAAACGUCUAAAUGAAUAGAAUGACAGUAAAGCAGUUAUGCUAUGUUUUCACUGAGUAGUUAGCUGAAAUUCACUAUGAUUGUGUUUCUUUUUCACUCUGAUGGUUAACUUUCUGUGCUGCUACCAUUCACUCCCAGUCAUUCCAAAUGCGGAAGCUGGUCCCUUGUUGAAUAGUGGCGCAAGGAGUCAUGGGAUAACCUGUAUAUUUUGAACCUAGAGUGUACCCACCAAUAUGUGCUGUGAUUUCAACUCCGCUGACAUUACAAAAAACACAUGACAUUGCAUGAGCCACAUCAGUUAACAUCAUUUGAAUUAACAUUCUACAUUACCAUGGAAAAUAUUGCAUCACAAUACCAGGCAGCCAUUGUGAGUGUACCUAUGAGUUUCCCAGUCAAAUUGCCAGGGUUAGAGGUUCCAAGCCCAUUCUAUUCAUUGUUUGCUAGAACACCUUGCUUGUUUCAGCAAGGGGAAACAAAGUUAUCACGUUGCUAAGAGUACAUGUUAUCGCCGAUAAAAAAAUAAAAAAAUUAAAUGUUUAUGACGGUUAUUUUAUUUUCCUGCCGGUCUUCAUCCAACACCGUCGGUUACACGGUUGUACGUAAUUGUGGCAACCCUACAGACUGGUGCACAGGGGGACCGACUAGAACUAUGACACAGUAUAAUACUACUGCAUACAGAGAGAGAUAUUGAUCAUGGAUGUCAUACAUAAACAACCUUUCAACUCUAUUUCUCUCUCUCUCUCUUUCUUUCUCUCUCAGCUCUUGGUUGGGGGACAACCUGACGGUGGGCUGUAAUGCAGACUGUCACUGUUUACGAGAGCUCUAUAACCCAGUGUGUGGAGCUGACGGUGUGAUGUAUUACUCCCCCUGCCACGCAGGCUGCAGAACAAUCAACCACACAGAGGUCUCCACAGGCAGACAGGUAGCCAACCAACCCUUCAGCAAAGAUCUCACUAUGAUUACAGCUGUAAUUGUUAAAAAAUCGAUAGGCAGGACAGAAUCUGUGUAACAGGUCUACUGUCUGUGUUAGAUGUGUGUUAAAUGAGGAUAAAUUAAAUAAAUGAGUUAAAUGAGAUACAAUAGUUAAUGAAGAUGAACGAUUGGAAGUCAGUAUACAUGUUGACUCUGUCCCUUCUGUAUGGUGUCCCUGGUCAGGUGUACUCUGGCUGCAGCUGUGUGGUGGAGGGGAACGUCACGUUGGGGCAGGACGGUCUGGCUCUGGAUGGGAAGUGCACCAGCUCCUGUAGUCACAUGCCAGCCUUCCUCACCUUCCUCUUCAUCGUCAUCUCCUUCACCUUCCUGUGUAGUAUCCCUGCCCUCACUGCUACCCUCAGGUGGGUACAGACCCUAACCCUCACUGCUACCCUCAGGUGGGUACAGACCCUAACCCUCACUGCUACCCUCAGGUGGGUACAGACCCUAACCCUCACUGCUACCCUCAGGUGGGUACAGACCCUAACCCUCACUGCUACACUCAGCUGGGUACAGACCCUAACCCUCACUGCUACACUCAGCUGGGUACAGACCCUAACCCUCACUGCUACCCUCAGGUGGGUACAGACCCUAACCCUCACUGCUACCCUCAGGUGAGUACAGACCAUAACCCUCACUGCUACACUCAGCUGGGUACAGACCCUAACCCUCACUGCUACCCUCAGGUGGGUACAGACCCUAACCCUCACUGCUACCCUCAGGUGAGUACAGACCAUAACCCUCACUGCUACACUCAGCUGGGUACAGACCCUAACCCUCACUGCUACCCUCAGGUGAGUACAGACCAUAACCCUCACUGCUACACUCAGCUGGGUACAGACCCUAACCCUCACUGCUACACUCAGCUGGGUACAGACCCUAACCCUCACUGCUACACUCAGCUGGGUACAGACCCUAACCCUCACUGCUACCCUCAGGUGGGUACAGACCCUAACCCUCACUGCUACCCUCAGCUGGGUACAGACCCUAACCCUCACUGCUACCCUCAGGUGGGUACAGACCCUAACCCUCACUGGCACCCUCAGGUGAGUACAGACCAUAACCCUCACUGCUACCCUCAGCUGGGUACAGACCCUAACCCUCACUGCUACCCUCAGCUGGGUACAGACCCUAACCCUCACUGCUACCCUCAGGUGGGUACAGACCCUAACCCUCACUGGCACCCUCAGGUGGGUACAGACCCUAACCCUCACUGCUAUCCUCAGGUGGGUACAGACCCUAACCCUCACUGCUACCCUCAGCUGGGUACAGACCCUAACCCUCACUGCUACCCUCAGGUGGGUACAGAACCUAACCCUCACUGCUACCCUCAGCUGGGUACAGACCCUAACCCUCACUGCUACCCUCAGGUGGGUACAGAACCUAACCCUAACCCUCACUGCUACCCUCAGGUGGGUACACACCCUAACCCUCACUGCUACCCUCAGGUGGGUACAGACCCUAACCCUCACUGCUACCCUCAGCUGGGUACAGAACCUAACCCUCACUGCUACCCUCAGCUGGGUACAGAACCUAACCCUCACUGCUACCCUCAGCUGGGUACAGACCCUAACCCUCACUGCUACCCUCAGGUGGGUACAGACCAGACAGUCAAAAGAGAGCGAGAGAACUGUGGUAUAUUCUGUUAUAACCAUGUCUGAGAGAGUAACCUCAGUGUGUGAACAGUGAAUCUGAACUGCUCUCUGUCGCCCCCUACAGGUGUGUUCCAGACAGCCAGAGGUCCUUUGGACUGGGGAUCCAGUGGAUCGUGGUGCGAAGUCUAGGUAUUUCAUGCUGUUGCUGAAUUUGAUUUGAUAAAUGUGGCCUUGUAGCCUGAGAGUCCCAACAACAAGCAUUAUAUAAUGUGAUAUGUUCUUCCUGAAGGUGGCAUCCCAGGCCCGAUAGCGUUUGGCUCUGUUAUCGACAUCUCAUGCCUGCUGUGGCAGGACCAGUGUGGAGAGCAGGGUUCCUGCUACCUCUACCAGAACUCUGCCAUGAGCCGUUAUACACUCAUGGCUGGCAUCAUCUACAAGGUAACUCAAGGCCUACAUACUGUCUGGACUGUUGUAGAAUUCUGUUAUAGGACUUUCUUUAUACUCGUGACCAUAUCAAAUGUUUGUUUAACUGAGAGAGAAUUCUAUUCUCCCUCCUGUAACCAUAGUGCAUGUCUCAAUCUCUAUAACCUCCUGUAACCAUAGUGCAUGUCUCAUUCUCUAAACCCUCCUGUAACCAUAGUGCAUGUCUCAUUCUCUAUAACCUCCUGUAACCAUAGUGCAUGGCUCAAUCUCUAUAACCUCCUGUAACCAUAGUGCAUGUCUCAUUCUCUAGACCCUCCUGUAACCAUAGUGCAUGUCUCAUUCUCUAUAACCUCCUGUAACCAUAGUGUAUGUCUCAUUCUCUAGACCCUCCUGUAACCAUAGUGUAUGUCUCAUUCUCUAGACCCUCCUGUAACCAUAGUGCAUGUCUCAUUCUCUAGACCCUCCUGUAACCAUAGUGCAUGUCUCAUUCUCUAGACCCUCCUGUAACCAUAGUGCAUGUCUCAUUCUCUAGACCCUCCUGUAACCAUAGUGUAUGUCUCAUUCUCUAUAACCUCCUGUAACCAUAGUGCAUGUCUCAUUCUCUAUAACCUCCUGUAACCAUAGUGCAUGUGUCAUUCUCUAUAACCUCCUGUAACCAUAGUGCAUGUCUCAUUCUCUAGACCCUCCUGUAACCAUAGUGCAUGUCUCAUUCUCUAGACCCUCCUGUAACCAUAGUGCAUGUCUCAAUCUCUAUAACCUCCUGUAACCAUAGUGCAUGUCUCAUUCUCUAGACCCUCAUGUAACCAUAGUGCAUGUCUCAUUCUCUAUAACCUCCUGUAACCAUAGUGUAUGUCUCAUUCUCUAAACCCUCCUGUAACCAUAGUGCAAGUCUCAUUCUCUAGACCCUCCUGUAACCAUAGUGCAUGUCUCAUUCUCUAGACCCUCCUGUAACCAUAGUGCAUGUAUCAUUCUCUAGACCCUCCUGUAACCAUAGUGCAUGUCUCAUUCUCUAGACCCUCCUGUAACCAUAGUGCAUGUCUCAUUCUCUAGACCCUCCUGUAACCAUAGUGCAUGUCUCAUUCUCUAGACCCUCCUGUAACCAUAGUGCAUGUCUCAUUCUCUAUAACCUCCUGUAACCAUAGUGCAUGUCUCAUUCUCUAGACCCUCCUGUAACCAUAGUGCAUGUCUCAUUCUCUAUAACCUCCUGUAACCAUAGUGCAUGUCUCAUUCUCUAGACCCUCCUGUAACCAUAGUGCAUGUCUCAUUCUCUAGACCCUCCUGUAACCAUAGUGCAUGUCUCAUUCUCUAUAACCUCCUGUAACCAUAGUGCAUGUCUCAAUCUCUAUAACCUCCUGUAACCAUAGUGCAUGUCUCAUUCUCUAUAACCUCCUGUAACCAUAGUGUAUGUCUCAUUCUCUAGACCCUCAUGUAACCAUAGUGCAUGUCUCAUUCUCUAUAACCUCCUGUAACCAUAGUGCAUGUCUCAUUCUCUAGACCCUCCUGUAACCAUAGUGCAUGUCUCAUUCUCUAGACCCUCCUGUAACCAUAGUGCAUGUCUCAUUCUCUAGACCCUCCUGUAACCAUAGUGCAUGUCUCAUUCUCUAGACCCUCCUGUAACCAUAGUGCAUGUCUCAUUCUCUAGACCCUCCUGUAACCAUAGUGCAUGUCUCAUUCUCUAGACCCUCCUGUAACCAUAGUGCAUGUCUCAUUCUCUAUAACCUCCUGUAACCAUAGUGCACGUCUCAUUCUCUAGACCCUCCUGUAACCAUAGUGCAUGUCUCAUUCUCUAUAACCUCCUGUAACCAUAGUGCAUGUCUCAUUCUCUAGACCCUCCUGUAAUCAUAGUGCAUGUCUCAUUCUCUAUAACCUCCUGUAACCAUAGUACAUGUCUCAUUCUCUAGACCCUCCUGUAACCAUAGUGCAUGUCUCAUUCUCUAUAACCUCCUGUAACCAUAGUGCAUGUCUCAUUCUCUCGACCCUCCUGUAACCAUAGUGCAUGUCUCAUUCUCUAUAACCUCCUGUAACCAUAGUGCAUGUCUCAUUCUCUCGACCCUCCUGUAACCAUAGUGCAUGUCUCAUUCUCUCGACCCUCCUGUAACCAUAGUGCAUGUCUCAUUCUCUAUAACCUCCUGUAACCAUAGUGCAUGUCUCAUUCUCUAGACCCUCCUGUAACCAUAGUGCAUGUCUCAUUCUCUAGACCCUCCUGUAACCAUAGUGCAUGUCUCAUUCUCUAUAACCUCCUGUAACCAUAGUGCAUGUCUCAAUCUCUAUAACCUCCUGUAACCAUAGUGCAUGUCUCAUUCUCUAUAACCUCCUGUAACCAUAGUGUAUGUCUCAUUCUCUAGACCCUCAUGUAACCAUAGUGCAUGUCUCAUUCUCUAUAACCUCCUGUAACCAUAGUGCAUGUCUCAUUCUCUAGACCCUCCUGUAACCAUAGUGCAUGUCUCAUUCUCUAGACCCUCCUGUAACCAUAGUGCAUGUCUCAUUCUCUAGACCCUCCUGUAACCAUAGUGCAUGUCUCAUUCUCUAGACCCUCCUGUAACCAUAGUGCAUGUCUCAUUCUCUAGACCCUCCUGUAACCAUAGUGCAUGUCUCAUUCUCUAGACCCUCCUGUAACCAUAGUGCAUGUCUCAUUCUCUAUAACCUCCUGUAACCAUAGUGCACGUCUCAUUCUCUAGACCCUCCUGUAACCAUAGUGCAUGUCUCAUUCUCUAUAACCUCCUGUAACCAUAGUGCAUGUCUCAUUCUCUAGACCCUCCUGUAAUCAUAGUGCAUGUCUCAUUCUCUAUAACCUCCUGUAACCAUAGUACAUGUCUCAUUCUCUAGACCCUCCUGUAACCAUAGUGCAUGUCUCAUUCUCUAUAACCUCCUGUAACCAUAGUGCAUGUCUCAUUCUCUCGACCCUCCUGUAACCAUAGUGCAUGUCUCAUUCUCUAUAACCUCCUGUAACCAUAGUGCAUGUCUCAUUCUCUCGACCCUCCUGUAACCAUAGUGCAUGUCUCAUUCUCUCGACCCUCCUGUAACCAUAGUGCAUGUCUCAUUCUCUAUAACCUCCUGUAACCAUAGUGCAUGUCUCAUUCUCUAGACCCUCCUGUAACCAUAGUGCAUGUCUCAUUCUCUAGACCCUCCUGUAACCAUAGUGCAUGUCUCAUUCUCUAUAACCUCCUGUAACCAUAGUGCAUGUCUCAUUCUCUAUAAUCUCCUUCUGUCAGGUUCUUGGCACAAUGUUCUUCCUGCUGGCCAGCGUUCUGUACAAGCCCCCUCCAGAGUCGCCCCAGAGCAGCUGUGAGAGCACCGACCAUGGGGCAGGAGACACCGGGGGAGAUACGGGAGAGCUCUCCGUCAAGGACCUUCCACCAAAAAUCAUCGCCAAUGUACACGCCAGGUUAUGAUGACUUCAGACCCAACCCACAUCUCACUGCGCGUGUGUGUCGUGCCACUGCUUCCUCAACCACUGCCAGCCUGUGCCGGUCUCAUAGCCACUCCCAACACACAGACACAUCACCCCAGGGCAGGGCAUGUCUAAUCCACCUACUGACCCCAACUUCACCCCAUGGGCAUGCCCUCCAUCAUGUCCCUGCCAGCCCACUGAACUUGGGGUUUGUGUGAUAUGAUGAAAGACUUAGACCAGGGUCACAGAUAGGGUCAGAGGUUAUUCUGAGGAGUAGGAAAGACUUAGACCAGGGUCACAGAUAGGGUCAGAGGUUAUUCUGAGGAGUAGGAAAGACUUAGACCAGGGUCACAGAUAGGGUCAGAGGUUAUUCUGAGGAGUAGGAAAGACUUAGACCAGGGUCACAAAUAGGGUCAGAGGUUAUUCUGAGGAGUAGGAAAGACUUAGACCAGGGUCACAGAUAGGGUCAGAGGUUAUUCUGAGGAGUAGGAAAGACUUAGACCAGAGUCACAGAUAGGGUCAGAGGUUAUUCUGAGGAGUAGGAAAGACUUAGACCAGGGUCACAGAUAGGGUCAGAGGUUAUUCUGAGGAGUAGGACAGACUUAGACCAGGGUCACAGAUAGGGUCAGAGGUUAUUCUGAGGAGUAGGAAAUACUUAGACCAGGGUCACAAAUAGGGUCAGAGGUUAUUCUGAGGAGUAGGAAAGACUUAGACCAGGGUCACAGAUAGAGUCAGAGGUUAUUCUGAGAAGUAGGAAAGACUUAGCCUAGGGUCACAAAUAGGGUCAGAGGUUAUUCUGAGGAGUAGGAAAGACUUAGACCAGAGUCACAGAUAGGGUCAGAGGUUAUUCUGAGGAGUAGGAAAGACUUAGACCAGGGUCACAGAUAGAGUCAGAGGUUAUUCUGAGGAGUAGGAAAGACUUAGACCAGAGUCACAGAUAGAGUCAGAGGUUAUUCUGAGAAGUAGGAAAGACUUAGACCAGAGUCACAGAUAGGGUCAGAGGUUAUUCUGAGGAGUAGGAAAGACCAGGGUCACAGAUAGAGUCAGAGGUUAUUCUGAGGAGUAGGACAGACUUAGACCAGGGUCACAGAUAGGGUCAGAGGUUAUUCUGAGGAGUAGGAAAGACUUAGACCAGAGUCACAGAUAGGGUCAGAGGUUAUUCUGAGGAGUAGGAAAGACUUAGACCAGGGUCACAAAUAGGGUCAGAGGUUAUUCUGAGGAGUAGGAAAGACUUAGACCAGGGUCACAGAUAGGGUCAGAGGUUAUUCUGAGAAGUAGGAAAGACUUAGACCAGGGUCACAAAUAGGGUCAGAGGUUAUUCUGAGGAGUAGGAAAGACUUAGACCAGGGUCACAGAUAGGGUCAGAGGUUAUUCUGAGAAGUAGGAAAGACUUAGACCAGGGUCACAAAUAGGGUCAGAGGUUAUUCUGAGGAGUAGGAAAGACUUAGACGAGGGUCACAGAUAGAGUCAGGGGUUAUUCUGAGGAGUAGGAAAGACUUAGACCAGGGUCACAGAUAGGGUCAGAGGUUAUUCUGAGGAGUAGGAAAGAAGUGUCUCCUGAUGACUUUUGGGAUUUAAACCACUGAAAAUACACACUUUAUGGGCUCUAGUAAAUCUGGAUCACUGAAGCGUUACAGAUUGCACGAUGGAAAUGUAAAGAUAAUUUCCGAUUGAGACGACAUAUUGCAGCGUUUACCGUGAAUGCAGUCUACGCUAAAGAGGGAACAUUACAUUUAAAUUUCAAUCACGCUGUAACGCUGAACUUCCACGAUACGGAUUGAAUAGAAGCCUUAAAUGAGGUUUAAAAUGUAAAGUAAAGUAGAAUGAAAAAGGAUUGUAGGUUUUGUUUUGUUUCCCGGUCAUGUCUAAAUUAUGUGACAUGGGGCAGUAUCUAUAGUAUGGGACAUGGGGCAGUAUCUAUAGUCAAUCAAUCAAUCAAUCAAAUGUAUUUAUAAAGCCCAUUUUACAUCAGCAGAUGUCACAAAGUGCUAUACAGAAACCCAGUCUAAAACCCCAAACAGCAAGCAAUGCAGAUGUAGAAGCACAGUGGCUAGGAAAAACUCCCUAGAAAGGCAGGAACCUAGGAAGAAACCUAGAGAGGAACCAGGCUCUGAGGGGUGGCCAGUCCCCUUCUGGCUGUGCCGGGUGGAGAUUAUAACAGUACAUGGGCAUUUAAGUAUCUAUAGUAUAGGACGUGGGGCAGUAUCUAUAGUGUAGGACAUGGGGCAGUAUCUAUAGUGUAGGACAUGGGGCAGUAUCUAUAGUAUAGGACAUGGGGCAGUAUCUAUAGUAUAGGACAUGGGGCAGUAUCUAUAGUAUAGGACAUGGGGCAGUAUCUAUAGUAUAGGACGUGGGGCAGUAUCUAUAGUAUAGGACAUGGGGCAGUAUCUAUAGUAUAGGACAUGGGGAAGUAUCUAUAGUAUGGGACAUGGGGCAGUAUCUAUAGUGUAGGACAUGGGGCAGUAUCUAUAGUAUAGGACAUGGGGCAGUAUCUAUAGUAUAGGACAUGGGGCAGUAUCUAUAGUAUAGGACAUGGGGCAGUAUCUAUAGUGUAGGACAUGGGGCAGUAUCUAUAGUGUAGGACAUGGGGCAGUAUCUAUAGUAUAGGACAUGGGGCAGUAUCUAUAGUGUAGGACAUGGGGCAGUAUCUAUAGUAUAGGACACGGGGCAGUAUCUAUAGUAUAGGACAUGGGGCAGUAUCUAUAGUGUAGGACAUGGGGCAGUAUCUAUAGUGUAGGACAUGGGGCAGUAUCUAUAGUAUAGGACAUGGGGCAGUAUCUAUAGUGUAGGACAUGGGGCAGUAUCUAUAGUGUAGGACAUGGGGCAGUAUCUAUAGUAUAGGACAUGGGGCAGUAUCUAUAGUAUAGGACAUGGGGCAGUAUCUAUAGUAUAGGACAUGGGGCAGUAUCUAUAGUAUAGGACAUGGGGCAGUAUCUAUAGUAUAGGACAUGGGGCAGUAUCUAUAGUAUAGAACAUGGGGCAGUAUCUAUAGUAUAGGACAUGGGGCAGUAUCUAUAGUAUAGGACACGGGGCAGUAUCUAUAGUAUAGGACGUGGGGCAGUAUCUAUAGUAUAGGACAUGGGGCAGUAUCUAUAGUAUAGGACAUGGGGCAGUAUCUAUAGUAUAGGACAUGGGGCAGGAUCUAUAGUAUAGGACAUGGGGCAGUAUCUAUAGUAUGGGACAUGGGGCAGUAUCUAUAGUAUAGGACAUGGGGCAGUAUCUAUAGUAUAGGACAUGGGGCAGUAUCUAUAGUAUGUGACAUGGGGCAGUAUCUAUAGUAUAGGACAUGAGGCAGUAUCUAUAGUAUAGGACAUGGGGCAGUAUCUAUAGUAUAGGACACGGGGCAGUAUCUAUAGUAUAGGACAUGGGGCAGUAUCUAUAGCAUAGGACAUAGGGCAGUAUCUAUAGUAUAGGACAUGGGGCAGUAUCUAUAGUAUAGGACAUGGGGCAGUAUCUAUAGUAUAGGACAUGGGGCAGUAUCUAUAGUGUAGGACAUGGGGCAGUAUCUAUAGUAUAGGACAUGGGGCAGUAUCUAUAGUAUAGGACAUGGGGCAGUAUCUAUAGUAUAGGACAUGGGGCAGUAUCUAUAGUAUAGGACAUGGGGCAGUAUCUAUAGUAUAGGACGUGGGGCAGUAUCUAUAGUAUAGGACAUGGGGCAGUAUCUAUAGUAUAGGACGUGGGGCAGUAUCUAUAGUAUAGGACAUGGGGCAGUAUCUAUAGUGUAUGUCAUGCCAUCAGUAUGAAGCGUUCCUUAUAUUGAGGGAUGAAAGAGGUAUUUAACACCCGUAAAACAACCCUGUUGUCUAGCCCUAACACAGAUACAGCAGAUCUUUAUUUGGUCCACACUGAAGCCACUAUUCAAAUACACAGGAAAAAAAACAUAUUUUUCAUGUCAUAAUAUAAACUAAUAACCACAAGUAUUUGUCCACGUGUCCUUCAACUAGACAGAUCCAUGGGACGAUGUCAUCCUGUCCACGUGUCCUUCAACUAG